ACCAAAGAUCCAAACUUUCUUUCUCCAAAUUUCACAGAGAGUCUAUUGAUAGGGGUAAAGAAUAUAUAUAUUUACAUUUAUAUACACAUUUAUAUUGAAUAGGAGAGAGAGAAUGAGUGACUUUGUCCAGAAAUUUCUGUUCAAUAUAAAACUUCUCAUCUGACUAGCUAUUAUCUUUUUUGGUCCCUAAUGCCACAAAGCCCAUAAUUUUUUGUCUCCAUCAUCAAUCCCAUAAUAUAUAUAGGAAGGAAAAAAAGAUAGUUUGGCAGAAAAGAAAAGAAAAGAAAAGAAAAUGAAGAUCCGUUGUGAUGUUUGUGACAAAAAAGAAGCCUCUGUUUUCUGUACAGCUGAUGAAGCUGCACUCUGUGAUGAUUGUGAUAACCGUGUUCACCAUGCCAAUAAACUCGCCAGUAAACACUCAAGAUUCUCUCUUCUUCAACCUGGUUUCAAAGAAUCACCUCUCUGCGACAUCUGUCAGGAAAGAAGAGCUUUUCUUUUCUGUCAAGAAGACCGAGCAAUAUUAUGCAGAGAAUGUGAUAUUCCAAUUCAUAAAGCCAAUGAACACACUCAAAAACACCAUAGAUUUCUUCUAACAGGAGCAAAGCUCUCACCUUUAUCGUCAUCUUCAUCAUCAUCAUCAUCAAUUACUACUACUACUAGCUCUGAAGCCGCCAUUAACAGAAGCUCAGUCACUCCAUUGUUUUCAACAACAACAACAAAAAGACUUAAAACAGUAAUCUCAAAUAAUAAUAAUAAUAAUAAUAAUGAGAUAAGUAGCUGUUCUUCAAUUGAUGAAAUGACUCAAUUUCCAUACAAUUCAACAACUAAUAAUAAUAAUAAUAAUAAUAGUCAUGAAAGUGGUUGUUCAUAUUUGACAAGUAGUAUAUCAGAGUACCUAAUGGAAACACUUCCUGGUUGGCAUGUUGAAGAUUUUCUUGACCCUUCUUCUUCUUCAUCUUGUUCUGCUUCAAAUAAUAACAACAACAACAAUAAUAAUGGAUUCUGUAAGACAAAUAAUAAUGAUGAUUUUGAUAGCAAUAAAUGCUAUUUAAACUCAUCUCAAGAUCAAGAUGAUCAAGUGGGUCAAUAUGACUAUUGGAAAAAACAGAUGAGGUGAUGAUGAUGGUGAUAAUAAUAAUGGUUGCAUAAUAAUGUCAUCUUUGAAGACAUUAUUUUUAGUUCUAAUUUAGAAGAAGAAGAAGAAUAAGAAGAAGAAGAAUGUUUUAGUUAAAUUUUUGUUUUUUGUUUUAGUAUUAAUUACAUCGAUUAUGUGUUGUUUAUGAGGGUUUUGUUUCUUUUUUAUUUCUGUCUACACUCUCAUAAAAAUAAAAAAUUUGAGAGUGGGAAGGAAUUUGGGUUUUUCUCUUUUACAUGUUUAUGCAAAUCGAUGUAAGAAUUAAUAUAAGGUAAUAUUAUUGGGUAGAAA